ACAGCUGAGCACGGGUUUGGAUCUGAGUCAGCUGAAUGCCUGUUGCUUCUAACCUUCACAGAUAGCUGGCAGACACACACAAACACACCAGACAGACAGACACAUAAACAAACACACACAGUACCAGGCAGACAGACAGACAGAAUACCCAGGUGCCACUGAGGGUGGAGUGGAACAGUUAACGGAAUCUGACAGUUGCAUCUGGAGGGUUGAGAAGGACUCACAGCCUGAGAUGAGGAUGGAAACCAAGGAAGAGAAUAACAGCAUGUGUGGAACCAUUUGUCUGAAAUAUCUACUAUUAACCUUCAACCUUCUCUUCUGGGUGACGGGUGGAGCGGUGUUGACCGUGGGCAUGUGGACGCUAGUGGACAGGAGUGACUACGUCAGCCUCCUCGGCUCCAGCAGCUACUCUGCCUCGGCCUACGUCCUGGUGGCAGCUGGGGCUGUCGUCAUCCUCACAGGGGUGGUAGGGUGCUGUGGCACCCUCAGGGAGAGCCGGAGUCUGCUGGUGGUGUAUUCCAUCCUGUUACUGUGUAUAUUCCUGUUGGAGAUUGCAGCUGGAGUCUUGGCCUCCGUCUAUUAUCAUCAGCUGGAUGAGGAGCUGCAACAGAACCUGAAGGAGACCAUGGUCCAGAAGUACCAGCAGCCCGGAGAAGAGACCAUCACCAGAGCCGUGGACAAGCUUCAGCAAGAGUUCAAGUGUUGUGGAAGUAACAGUUCCUCCGACUGGUCAGCCAGUCCGUGGAUCCUGAGUCCUGAUAAUGACAGGCAGGUGCCUGAUAGCUGCUGCAAGACUCCCAGUGAGCAUUGUGGUCGAAGGGACCACCCCUCCAAUAUCUACAGAGUGGAGGGAGGGUGCAUCACUAAACUGGAAAAGUUCAUUCUGAGCCAACUAAAGAUCUUAGGUGCUGUGGGCAUUGCCAUUGCCUUCCUCCAGCUAGUAGGGAUGAUGCUGGUUUGCUGCUUGUAUCGAAAUCUGAAGGAAGAGCCGUAUUGAGGAUCUCGGUAAAUCCCAACAACA